AGUGUAAAUUGCUUAAGGUAUAUAUAUGUAUAUACAAUGGAAAGCGCGGCAGCUUCGAUUCUAAAACGAGCGGUAGAAAGAGAUAACAAUAAACAAUAUACAAUGGCUUUUGUAUUAUAUCAAGAAGGUGUACAAAUACUUCUUGAUUCUAUGAAAGAAACAAAAGAUCCAGUAAGACAGAAACAUUUUGCUACCCGGGCAUCACAAUAUUUGGACAGAGCAGAAAAAAUAAAGGAUUUAAUUGAAAAGCAGAAGGCAAGUGGCAUAUACAGAGAAUUAAUUAAAAUUGAAUCUGGUAGUACAGGAUAUGGUUAUGGUACCGUUUUUGGAAGAUUUUUAGAUGCAACAGUUACAUAUAUUCGUAUUGAAGACCCCUAUAUAAGAAUGUUUCAUCAGUGUCAAAAUUUGGUAAGGCUAUGUGAACUGGCAGUAAGAAAAUGUCAUGCACUGUCUAAAAUAUUUUUAAUUACAACUCUUGAUCCAGAAGAUAAGAAGAACCAAAUAACAAGAUUAGAAGAACUGAAACAGAGUUUAUCAUCUCAUCUUAUUUCUUUUGAAUUUAAUUUUUCUGAUACUUUACACGACAGACAAAUAGUACUUAGCAAUGGUUGGAUAAUUAAGAUCGGCCGUGGAUUAGAUUAUUUUAAAGCACCUAAUGGGAAGUUCGUAUUAGGUUCUUGUGAUCUUGAAUUGAGACCUUGUUCUGAGACAACUAUAGAUGUAUUUCACAAAAGUCAACUAAAAAAUGAGCAGUCAGCGACCUAAACAAUCAAUACAGGAUAGUAAAUAAAAAUAUAACAAACUAA